UGUCUUGCCAAAAGAGGCGUAACAGUCGCGACAACGAGGUCGCUACAAUACUGAAAUGUAACAUAUAGUAUACAAAUGGCGGUUCUGAAUGUUAUCAUGGGUUGUUCGAAUGUUUAAUAGUACAUAUGAUUUCAACAAGUUUUUCACGAUUAUAAAAUUAUAAAUAAUGGCCGAAAAGGAAAGUGAUAGUACGACAAGUGAAGUUGUGAAAACCGAAGAUUUAACUGAUAACACAGGAAAUGAAGAAGCACCAACAAGUUUGGAAACCAUAGCACAAGAUACUAAUACUACUCGAAAUGGUGGUCCUCCAGUUACUUCAAAGGACAAAGAGAAAAUUGAUAUCUUAUUAAAAGCAACUGGCAACGCACCUAUCAUGAAACAGAAAAAAUGGUCCGUUAAUCAGGAUAAUCAAAUUGGAAAGAUUUCAGAUUUUAUAAGGAAGUAUCUCAAAUUAGAAUCCUCUGAAAGAUUAUUUCUUUAUGUAAAUCAAACUUUUGCACCAGCACCAGAUCAAACAGUAAAAAACUUAUACGAUUGUUACGGUGCUGAUGGGAAAUUGAUCAUUCAUUAUUGCAAAAGUCCAGCAUGGGGUUAACUGUGAUCUUUCUUUGAUGCUUAAGCAUCAUAUGGUAUCAUUUUAUUAACGGUAAAAACUUUUUAUCAAUAUAAAUUCUUUUCGAGGCUUACAAAUCCUUAUCUUAUAUUGUACAUAAAUUGCACUUAAGAGUAAUAAGUUAAAGUAGAUAUAUACAUAUAUAUUUACUUAUAAUCAAUUUAGUUUAUGCAUAUAUUAUGUUCCUAAUCAUUCAUUAUGAAAUGUUUAAUAUAUUGCUAAGAAUAAGAUUUUUAUUUCAUAUAGAUUAGUUUUUUUCUUUUUUUUUUUUUUUCUCUUCAUAUAAUAUAUACAGUUUUAUUUUAUUUCUUUACCAAAAUAAAUCAAAAUAAUAUGUACCUGAUUAUGCAGGUAUAAUGUUGAAUAAAAUGUGUCUAUUUUUAAUAUGACUUUGCUUAUGUUUUACUGCAUAUUUUAUGAUAAGAAUUAAAAAAAAAAAUAUUAUAUAUAUUUUCUAUGCAUACGUUUGUUCUUGUUUUUAUAUUAGUUUUCUUCUCUCCAACGAUGUUCUUAAAAAAAAAAAAAAAAAUUAUUUUUUGAUGUGAAUUUUUGAUAUGUUACAUUAUUAUUUGAUCGGUCUUCUUUAAAAAAUUUAAAUAUUACUUCAUUGCAUAGACAACUAUAAGUUGCUUGUAGAAUUAAUUUGUGUAAAAAAAGUAGAUAAUUAAUUGAUAAAAAAUCUCUAUCGCUCCGUAUAGCGGACAUGAGUGGAGAGACUAGCGCCGCGUAGUGGCAGCAGUUGGCAACAGAGACAGGUUGUCUAUCCUGCGCCACUGGCGUUGUCACUUUUUCGCAUUGACUCAUCACCGAUAAUGAUGUAUAAGGCAAACAUUAAAUUUCAAUACAAUUGAAAAUACUAAUUUUCAUACAAAUAUUUAUAAUAAUGUAUAUAAUUCAAUGUUUACAUUUGUUACAUUUGUCCUUUUUCAAAUAUGCGAAACUUAUGAUCGAUUAAAAAAAUAGUAAUUUGUUCGAUCGUAUCAACAUAAAAAAUCUUUAAAAGACGCACGGCGUUGGCUAGACGAAGCAGAUUUCGCUGUUUCAAUUGGUUUUACCGAGCUACGUUUUGUACUAAGCAAUGAUUUCGUUUCCGUAAUAUUUUUCGCGCAAUGACAACCACCCGAAGAUACUUCAAUUGGAUUUUGUACCUUUAAAGAUUUUACCUGCAAUAUGGGAUACUUGUUAAGUCGUAUAUCAGACGGAACGAUCGUUGUGCUUAGAUAAAAUCAAAUUCGACGUUUCAAUAGAAUCAAUUGCUUUUUAUACCAACCGACGUUGUAUCCUUGUCUUUGAUGCACGAGCAAAUUGGUGAAGGUAUACCAGCUGGAUCACGUGUACAUGGCUGUGGCUGAUCAUCGCCUGUGAUACAUUGAAUUUGAUAAAAUUAUUUAUUCACGAAGAAUUCCUCUGGCUUAACAGUUGCUGUACGUGCAGUCGAUGAUUUUGAUUUGACGGAUGGCGUUUUGACACGUGCCAUUGUAAAUGGGGAUUUCCAAAUGAUGAUAGCACCAUCGGCGCUCACCGAUACCAUAUGUUCGCCGUUGGGGCUAAAUUUACAUGACGUUAUUAUCGCUGCAUGACCUAUGCCAAUAUGCGUGACAUUGGCCGUAUGAUAUUCCCAGAGCUUAACAAUGCAAUCGUUCGAGCCGGUGACGAAGUAUUGUCCAUCAGGACUAAUGUCUAUGCAAUUCAAUGAUCCUGAGGUAGAACCCUCGAUUUCACGAACCAACGAAGCAUCCCACGUUUCCCAAUAGCCAAUCUUACGAUCUGUACCGCAAGUUAAGAUUUGUAUGCUAUUGGGACUGAAGCAUGCGGCCAUAUACAUCGUAUUACCCAUUAAAACCUGCUUCCUCGCGCAACGUCUGUUGAUUAACAAUUGUCAAUCAAUUUGUCGCAUCUUUCCAUAAAAAAUGUAAUAAUGUAAAUCAAUACUUACAUUACGUCCCAUAUUAUACAAGUACCAUCCGUACUCGAACUAAUCAAAUCCUCGUUAUUAGAGGAUAUACACAAUGAUGUUACGGGUCCUCUAUGUUCUUUCAAAAUUGAGACAAGUCGUUGUACAUCGGGUUUUAUGUCCCAUAUACGUACCUACGAAUGAUGACAUAUUGAUCAUAUCGAAAAAGUUUAAAGAAGAAGAAGAAUGAUAAUGAAACAAGAGUAUGAUGAAUGUAUAAAAUAUAAAUGACCUGUCCAUCGCAACCCCCGCUGAUUAAUCUUUUCCCGUCUGCCGUUAUCACGACUGCCGAUACAGCUUUUAUAUGAGCAUUAUGGAUAAUGAAGAUAAGUUUACCUCUUUGCGGUGUGAACGCUCUUACAAUACCAUCAUUCCAUGCUGCAAUGUUCAAUAAAUAGAAGGAAACUAUUGUUAAUUAGAAAAUUAUAUAUAUAUUAUAUA